GAUCACUUCCUUUUUUCCAACAAAUUUAUUGAUAUACCUUGAUCGGCUAAUCUCUAGAUCUACUGAAACGGUUGAAUUUGAUCGUUGGUAUUGUCAGUAAACGAGUCGUUGGUGAGGGUAAGCAUUUAAAGAGAACUGGCAAUUUAGUCGGUCGACAGUUACAUGACAGAUUUUUGUUGCGAUGGAUCGUUGGGUAGGAAAAGUCGCAAUGAUCACUGGAGCAAGUUCUGGAAUAGGUGUGCAGAUCACGAGAGCGCUCGCGAAAAAUGGAAUGAAAGUGAUUGCUGUAGCGAGAAGACUGGAAAAGCUGGAAGAAUUAGCGAGAAAUAUCAAACUUGAGUUUAAAACUGAAGUAUGUACGUUGCAAUGCGACGUUCGACGGGAAGAGGAUAUCCUCAAAGUAUUUAAAUGGGCGGAGGAAAAAUUAGGCGGUAUUGACGUAAUGAUUAACAAUGCCGGUGUAAUUUCUCCCGAAGAAAUUAUAGAGGGAUCAACAGAGACAUAUCGUAAAAUUAUGGACGUGAAUGUGAUCGCAACAGCAAUUUGUUCACGAGAAUUAGUGCAGUCUAUUAAGAAGCGAAAAGCAUCGGGUUAUAUUAUUAAUAUUAGUAGUAUAGCAGGACAUAAUGUUGAAAUAAUCACUGAACCAGUGAGUUUAUAUUGCGCCAGUAAGUUUGCUGUCACUGCCAUGGCAGCGAGUCUACGCAAUGAAUUAAUAAACACAAAUCUCGAUGUAAAAGUUACGAACGUCAGUCCUGGCGCAGUAAGAACGCCUAUGCUAACGGAAGUUUACGGUUUAUCUAAUGCCAUUUCGAGCGGCCUUUUACCAGUCUUGGAAAGCGAGGACAUUGCAGAUGCAGUAGUCUAUGUUCUAAAUACGCCGUCCCACGUACAGGUGAUUACUAAAACAAUGUAAUUAUGUUGAUACUUUAGUUUAUUUAUAUUUGCAAUUACAAAUACUUGAUUGUAAAUUUACAAGAAAGAAACACAAAAUAAUCAUGUUUAAAUAAAUAAUUCAUAAAUAAUAAUGAUAACCAUUAUAUUA